AUGUAUGUAAGCUAUAUAAAGAAUGAUGGUACACAAGUUAAAGUUCCAUUAGACAACAACUGUUACUUGAACUUAUAUGGAGACGAACAAAAGAAAUAUUUAAGAGUUUAUGAAAUGACAGAUAUGACAUUGUCUAACCUAGCUCCAGCACCAUAUUAUUAUGACUAUGGAGAUGACGUCAGAACACCACAUGUAGAUGAACAAAAGUUAACAUUAUAUUUAGAUUAUUAUAGAUAUAAAAGAUAUAAUGCAAUAGAAAAAACGAGAAUAGUAUAUUAUUAUAUAGAUGACAAAAAUAAAUAUUAUAGUCAAGAUUUUACCUACCCUGAAAACAUAAGAUUAUAUUAUAAAAAAUAUUCCGACACAAACCAGAAGAAACCUGAAAUAGUUGCACUAUAUUUUAAGUUCAAAAGAGACAAUCCUAUAUUAUCUCAUAUGUUUGAUUUAAUGAACCCAGUAGGUUCUAUUUAUACGUCUAUGGAUGCAAGAGGUCCUCAAGUAAUGUUUGGUGUUGGUGCAUGGGAACAAAUAGUCGACAGGUUUUUGUAUUGUGCAAACUCUUCAAAGGAAAU